AGUUGCAAAACAAAACUAAUUUAUGAAAUUGGAUCCAGAAUUUAUAGAAAACUCGCACUUUCGAAGCAUUUAAACGUCGUAAACAAAAUCAUAACUUAUGGGCAGUAGUGUUGUCUCGCAAUUGGCUCGAAAGUACGCUGCAGUGAUUUUCUUUCCCACUGUUGCAGUCGGCUCUAUUUACGCAGAUUGGUCGCACACCCGCAAGUGGAAGCGCCAGCAACACCAGUUGGCACACAGCGCUCAGCUAAAGAGUCAGAGCUAGGAGGAAGUAUUUCGUGAAUAUCCU